GAACUCUUCUCCGAUUCAAUCUCUUCUUCUCCAAACCCUCGCCUAUAUAUUCUCGCUGUCCACUCGGUUCCAAACCCUCUCGCUCUCUCUCUCUCUUGCAAUCGAAGUCUUUGCGUGAGGCGACCCGGAGAGAGUCUGCAAUCAUGUUGGUCUAUCAAGAUUUGCUUACCAAUGAUGAGCUUCUCUCAGACUCCUUCCCAUACAAGGAAAUCCAGAAUGGGAUCCUCUGGGAAGUUGAAGGAAAGUGGGUUGUUCAAGGAGCAGUUGAUGUAGACAUUGGUGCAAACCCUUCUGCUGAAGGUGCUGAGGAUGACGAAGGCGUUGAUGACCAAGCUGUCAAGGUCGUUGACAUUGUCGACACAUUUAGGCUCCAGGAGCAACCUGCUUUUGACAAGAAGCAGUUUGUUUCAUACAUCAAGAAGUACAUCAAGUUGUUGACGCCGAAGCUGGAGGCAGAAAAGCAAGAGGAGUUUAAGAAAAACAUCGAGGGGGCAACCAAGUUCCUGCUCUCAAAGCUCAGUGACCUCCAAUUUUUCGUGGGGGAGAGCAUGCAUGAUGACAGCACCCUAGUGUUUGCCUACUACAAGGAGGGUGCCACUGAUCCAACUUUCCUGUACUUUGCCCAUGGCUUGAAGGAGGUCAAGUGUUAAAAUAUAAGAUUGGGGUUUUCUUGUCCUUUAGGGGAGUGGUGCUUGAUGUAGUAUUAGUUUUUAUUAUUUACCAGUUUUCCUUUUAUUUCUGUAUUGGGCAACUUUUCAGUCUGCUGUCAAAUUGUUUUGGUUUAAGUAAGUUAUUGAGGGUUGUGUCUGAUUUGAGAAAUGACCCAAUAAGCCUUUACUGGGUGGUUUUAUUUCUGGAUAAUUAUGAAAUUAUGGUUCGAUUUUUUUGAGUAUAGAUGACCAAGUAUCUGAUUCUAAUUUUAUAAUGUCAGUGCUCUCGUAAAUAAUUAGGGAAAAAAGGGUGUUAACAAGGGACAAUUCUUCGAAAUAUGCUU